GAGAUGAUGACAGAGCAGGAACUGGCACACCUUGGCCAGACCCAUUGGGAUGUGAUGGUUUAUGGAGAAGAACGCUGGAGACUGAAGACUGGGAACACUCACACACAGUUGGAGAAGCACACGGGGGAGACUGGAGACACUGGAGACGAUGGAAGCAGGUAAGUAGCAGGUUGGAGUCCUUAAGGUAAGUACACAUGGAGUUGUAGUACAAACGAGACCGGACAGUGACUGUGUGUGAGUGUGUGGUAUUUAAGGUGGUGGUGAUGACAGAGUUGAUGACGUGCAGGUGGCAGUGACCAGUACUCGGGUGAUUGUGUGCGUGGGUACUGGAUGGAGGUGGAACCUGAUGUGUCUGUGACAGAAACCACUUUUUGGAACCUUUAUUUUAAAGAGUGUCUUCAUAAUUAAGCCUCCUAUUACAUAUGCACAACUUUUCACUGAUCCAUACAGUCAUGCAGCAAUGACAACAGGGAAAUGUAAGGUUGCCAUAACUGUAAAUGUUUACAAGUACCACUGUUCUCCAGAAAUAUUGUGAGCACUAUAAACAACCAACAGUUGACCCGAGACUUGAUUUUGUCCGUCACUUACACAAUACUUGGCCUUAGUGCAUUGUUUGCCUGGAGAUGUCCUGUGUCAUACGGCUUGCUGUUACACAACAAAAGGUACCCCCCCCCCCCUUCCAGUUUUAUCCUUUGGAUCCACCCAUAUCCCACUGGCAGCUUCUCUGGGACAUUCUAUCUCAGAAACAAAAACAAGGGAGGUUACCACUGUUCCGCCAGCCUCCUUACCUCCAGAGAGGGGGAAAAGAAAUACUGUUAAUGAUUGUUGUCCUGUAACACUUUACAGUACAGGAAACAUGGCCACACAGAUUGUUUACAGACAAUGGAAUGGUCAAAGUGUCUUCCUCUGCAAAAUUAAUCGGCUAGUAGUUUACACAUAACCAAAAUGUAGUAUUUCGCACACUCAAAAAAACUUUUAAUGAAUCUUUUGCAUUUUUGUAUUUAUUUAUUUAUUUCUGUGCUUCUAUACGCAUAGAAUACUAAAAUAGAAAUUUCCCGAAAAAAAAUCUGACCUGAAGUGGUCUCCCGUUACCCCUAGAUUGGCCUUGCCCAGUCUUUAAAACCUUGAAUAAUUUGUGUAAUUAUAAAAAGAGUUAUAAAAUGUGGACUUAGUAUGACAUAAAUAUUUGUCUUUCAGAAUUAAUAUGGUUUAGCUCUAUCCACCUGAGACACAUAGAAAAAUGUAAUUUUGUAAAUGUAAAUGUAAUUUGUUUAUAUACAUCAUUACAUUAUUUGGAGUUAAAGAAAAAAAUGGCAGGAUUUUUUUUUUUUUUUUUUUUGCAAUAUUUUAUAUGUCAUGUCAUACAGUGCCCUCCACAAAUAUUGGCACCCUUAGUAAAUAUGAGCAAAGGUGGCUGUGAAUAUAAAUCUAUCAUUUAAAGAAUACACUUCAUUCUCCAUAACGAAAAAAAAAAAAAAAAAAUCCAAUACAAACACUUUUAAGACUCCAUCCAACUUUCUUUGUAUUGUCAAGGAUUAAGCCCUAAUUUAGGUGUUAGAACCCACAACCAACCAUAAUUCUCACCCUGUAUUAAAGGCAGUUUGUUUAGUGGACAUUUUGCGUGUCUUCACUUCUUGAUUGAGUUAGGACUCUAUCGUAACUAAUCUCUGAUAAAGUGAUUUAGACUCUUCCGUUAAGUCCUGAAUGUCUAUGUUCUUCGGACCUUCGGCCUCUGGAGUCUAUAGACAUUAAAUGAAGGGUAAUAUGUUUGAUAAGUAAGUGUGCUGCGCCCCUCCCUCGUCUUCCUCCCUAUCAGCGCACUUCAGUCACGCGCCCAUCCAGCGCACGAAUCCAUCAGUGAGCGCGCAACAGGUCUCUAUCAGGGAAAAACUCAGAACAACACAAGGAUUUAUGUUCUUUAAAUAGUCUGUUCUUUAUCCGUUUCUUCAGGGUUAAGGAUUUUAAAAAAAUUAUCUUAAAGUGUACAACUGUGUCGUAUAAUCGUGAUGAGGAGUUAAGGAGUCUGAAUUUUGGUUUCAUGUCGGGACGGUCCAACGUUACUGUCGGGCGAUGGCAAAGACAUCUUAUGUGCUUUUUCUCGUCGACAUCCUCUUUACCAUCAACUUGGUUAUAGCGAUAGAGCUAAGAUUUGUUCCAGAUCCUCCAACCUUAAACAUCACUGAGAAAACUCUCAAAAUCAAUGCUUCAAGUACACUGGAGAUCACGUGCAGGGGGCGGCAGAUCCUGGAGUGGUCUACACCUCACAACCGAACCCGUUCUGAAACCCGGCUCACCACAUCAGACUGUAGUGGUGAUGGACUAUUCUGUAGCACUUUAACACUCUCCAAAGCAGUAGCCAAUGAGACGGGAGAGUACCGCUGCUUCUAUAAAAGCCUUCCUAUAGAGGAUGGGAAGACCUCUAUAGCUGUGUAUGUCUUCAUACAAGAUUAUCGUACGCCGUUUAUCCGAAUGGCUCAAGAUUAUGAUGUGGUGUUCAUUCGGGAGGAGAACAAAGUGGUCAUUCCCUGUCUGGUAUCUGUGGAGGAUCUAAAUGUCACACUGUACACAAAGUAUCCAGUAAAAGAACUGGCCACUGAUGGGAAAGAAGUCAUCUGGGAUAGCAAGAGGGGUUUCAUCCUGCCUAGUCAUGUGGUCAGCUAUGCUGGCGUGGUCUACUGCCAAACCAUUAUUCGAAACGAGACCUAUCAGUCAUCACCAUACAUUGUGGCUGUUGUAGGAUACAAGAUCCAUGACCUCACCCUGAGUCCAGCUCAUGAGAGGCUGAUGGUAGGGGAGAGGCUAAUGUUCAACUGCACCGCUCACACCGAGCUCAAUGUGGGAAUCGACUUUCAGUGGACCUUCCCACAUGAGAAGAAAAGUGUCAACGGCUCAAUGCAAAGGUCACGCUAUGAGACCAGGUCCUACAAGAAGAAGCUGUGGAACUCCUUAGAACUGUCCAAUACCCUCAUUGUAAAAAAUGUGACCAUAAAUGACACAGGAGAGUAUAUCUGCACAGCCUCUAGUGGUCAGAUGUACAAGACUGCCCGAGCAUUCCUCACCAUCUAUGAGAAACCAUUUAUAGCGAUCAAUGAUCAGUUGACGCAGACUGUGGAGGCAAAUGCUGGCCAGGUAGAGGCAAAAAUCCUUGUUAAAUAUGAUGCUUAUCCAGAGCCUUCUGUCAAGUGGUAUAAGAAUAAAGUACUGAUAGAAAGGAAGGAUUACAAGAUGAAGCCUAACAGAGGAUCUCUCACUAUAUAUGGUGUUACAGAGGAGGAUGCUGCGAAUUAUACUGUUGUCAUGACAAAUAAGGAGGAGCAGCAGAAUAGAACAUUUCAACUAUUGGUUCAUGUUCACCCUAAGAUCUUGCAGAAGGAAAUGCUGUCGGAUCCUGAAGUUCAUAUGUACGGCAGUAGCCCUACACUCAGAUGCACUGCUAGAGGAGGAUCCAGCCCUGUCACAAUAAAAUGGCAGUGGAUGCCCAGAGAGGACUGCCCAGCCAGAUUUCUACCGAAGUCAGACCAGAGUGCGGUGAAGUGUGACAAGUGGAGGGAGAUAUCAAACAACACAGGGAAGAAUCCCAUCAUCAGCCCCACAUCUGUCAUUGAAAGCUCUCUUAAGACCAUCAGCACACUGAAGAUCCAGAAAGCAGUUGAUCAUGCCCUCUACAGAUGCCUUGCCUCCAAUAAGAUUGGAGAAGAAGAGCGAGUCAUUGUGUUUCGAGUAAAUCGUUACCUCAACCUAAGCGUCCUCCCCUCCAGGAACCCUAUUGAGGGAGAGGAUGUGGUAAUGCGCUGUGUAGCCGAUCGACUGCAGUACUCUAACUUACGUUGGUAUCGGGUAACAAACGUAACCAAACCUGAUGCCCCUCAAGAGGCCUGUGAUAACCUCACCCUGUCACCUUUGCACCAGCCCAAUAUCACCAUAUCAGGCCUGCAGGGCAGCAAUGCAACGCUGGACCUGCCCAUACCCAAUGCCACUUUGAUGGACCAAGGCAUGUACGCUUGCCAAGUGGAAAAUGUGGACACCAAUGAGAGAACCUGCUUACUUCACAACCUCAGGCUCAGAGCUCUUGAGAUGUCAAGAAUUGUGACCAAUCUGACUAACCAAAGAGUGAAUGCGAGUGACUCUACCACACUAGUGUGUGAGGUGACUGGCACACCAACCCCUACUGUAGUUUGGACUAAAGACAACCAGACCGUCAUGGAGGGAUCAGGUGUGAUUCUGCAAGAGUCAAAUCGUGUCUUGACCAUCCAAAGGGUGAAAAAAGAGGACAGUGGUCUUUACAUAUGUACGGCCUGUAACAAGCAGGGCUGUGACUAUAAUGAGGCUCGUAUCACUGUGGAUGGUGCAGAAGAAAAGAUGAAUGUGGAAUUGAUCAUGCCUAUUGGUGCCGUGGUCAUUGCCAUGUUCCUCUGGCUCCUCAUCGUCUUUGUCAUCCGCAACAGGAAGCGGCCUAAUGAUGGAGAUCUGAAAACUGGCUACCUGUCAAUCAUUCUGGACUCAGAUGAUAUGCCAAUGGAUGAGCACUGUGAGAGACUGACCUAUGAUGCAAGCAAGUGGGAAUUCCCGCGUGAUAGACUGAAGCUAGGAGAGCCUCUGGGCAGAGGAGCAUUUGGUCAAGUUGUGGAGGCGACCGCAUAUGGUAUUGAGAAGGCCACCACCUGUACCACAGUAGCAGUGAAGAUGCUCAAGGAGGGCGCUACCUCCAGCGAGUAUCGUGCUCUGAUGUCUGAGCUGAAGAUCCUCAUCCAUAUUGGUCACCAUCUCAAUGUGGUCAACCUUCUAGGCGCCUGCACUAAACCAGGGGGACCCUUGAUGGUGAUUGUAGAGUAUUGUAAACACGGUAACCUCUCCAGCUAUUUAAAAAGCAAACGAGGAGAGUACAGUCCCUACAAGAAGCGGAUGCAGCGGAUGCCGUGCAGGAGGGAGGUGCAGCAGGAAGAGGAUUUACAAGAGGGGGAUCUGGGUCUGGGAACCAGCACUCGACUGGACAUCUGCACCGGCACCGCAGUGUGCACCAGGAUGGGAGAACAGACCUCCACAACCCAGCUUCAGGAUGAACAAGAGAGUUCAGACUGGGAUCACCUGACAAUGGAGGAUCUCAUCAGCUAUAGCUUUCAGGUGGCCAAAGGCAUGGAGUUCCUAGCUUCUCGAAAGUGUAUCCACCGGGACUUGGCAGCCAGAAACAUCCUACUUUCUGAGAACAAUGUGGUGAAGAUAUGUGACUUUGGGCUGGCCAGAGACGUUUAUAAAGACCCUGAUUACGUCCGUAAAGGAGAUGCUCGUCUUCCUCUCAAGUGGAUGGCUCCUGAGACCAUUUUUGACCGUGUGUACACCACGCAGAGUGAUGUUUGGUCUUUUGGAGUGCUGUUAUGGGAAAUCUUCUCACUUGGUGCAUCUCCAUACCCAGGUGUGUGCAUUGAUGAGUCUUUCUGUAGGCGACUGAAGGAGGGAACCAGAAUGAGAGCUCCAGAUUAUGCCACGCCUGAGAUAUACCAGACCAUGCUGGACUGCUGGCUUGAUCGACCAAAAGACAGGCCAACAUUUACCCUGUUAGUUGAACAUCUGGGCAAUCUGCUACAGGCUAGCGCUCAACAGGAUGGAAAAGACUACAUCCCACUGACAAACAGAGAGAUGGAAGAAGUAUCAGGGGCUCCUCAUGUCAGUGUGACAUCUAAAAGAACACACUAUGCAGGCGGCACAGAGGCCCAGCUCCACUAUGACAAUGCUCCAGCUCUGGGGUUCCCACAUCAGUUAGACAGUUGUGGUGUGCCAAUAAGUAUGAUGACUUUUGUGAACAUUCCCCUGGAGCACACUGCUAUAAUGAACGGUCACAUGGACUGUGGAGUGGGCUUAUCACGUGAGCAGAUGAAAGCUUUGGAUAGGCAGGUGCAAAGACCAAUCAAUUUCAGCCCACUACUGCGAUGCAAGAGUAAGGAGUCUUUAGCUUCUGAAUCGUCCAAUCAGACCAGUGGUUAUCAGUCUGGUUACCACUCUGAUGGCGAAGCCCCGAUAUAUGCCAACGAGGAGAUGAUCCUGAAGAGAGACAUUCGGAAGAAACCUCCACUGCCCAAGAGAAACGACAAGUUCAGUGCAGAGGUCCGUUAUAGUGCACCUCCAGUUUAACAUCUGUAGAGCUUCAAACAGUCUUCCUCUUUAUGUUAUUCAGAACUUUUAAUGUAAUAGUUCAACCAAAAAUGAAAAUUCAGACAUCAUUCUCUCACCCUCAGAAGACUUUCUUUCUUCUGUGCAACACAAAAGGAGUUAUUUAUAACAGAAUGUCCAAGCUGCACUUUUUCCAUACAAUAAAAAUGAAUAGUGACCACUACAUGAUCAUCGGAUAACAACUUAAAAUUGGUUCCUCACAUGAAGCAAUCGAAUGGCUUCUGAAAAUAUAUAAUACAAGACAUAUGGGCUAUUUUUACGAUGCUUUUAAAGGGUUAGUUCACCCAAAAAUGAAAUUUCUGUCAUUAAUUACUCGCCCUCAUGUUGUUCCACACCCAUAAGACCUUCGUUCAUCUUCGGAACAUAAAUUAUGAU